GCAGUGACGGGCGGCUGGGAGAGCUCAGGAGGCGACGGCAGCAACAGUGACGGGCUGACGGCUGGGAGGGCUUAGGCGGCAGCAGCAGCACUGGUUCUGUGCAUGGAGACAUCUGCAGUGCCGGGGAAGGGAACCAUCGCUAUCACUCAGGCAGGAUUUAUAUGCUGCUAGUGUAAGAAGGGGAAUAGUGCAUGGCACUAGCUCACUGAGCAUCCCUUGCAAGCAGUAGGUUACCAGCAACCAGAUGCGCUGCGUCCUAGAGGCAAUACUAGUGGUCUGCUACAGGUAAUUGAUGGAGCGGUUAUCAGUAUAGUGUUUCCUAUGUAUGUGGAUGUAAGGCUGGUGUGAUUUGGUGGCUGUCUGUUGUCAGGGAAUGAGAUGACUGUGAAAGGCAGGGUGCAGGGGAAAUACUCCAAUGCAUGUACCUAGAGCAGGCUUCUGUGAUGUCAAUGCACUGCAGGGGCAGAGAGGCGCUGGGAGCAGCUGCUGGAUGCUGAGCAUACUGAAUAGCUUCUAGAACACGGUUCCCUACAGAGAGUAUCACCCUUACAGGGAGUACCCACCUUCUCAUUCAGUUCCCUACCUGGUAUCAUUGUGCAACUGGUGGGUGAGAGAGACACCUGGGUACUUGCUGGCUGCCUACAGGUCACCAUGCCCCAUAGCCCAGUACUGUUGGCAUAUUUUGGGGGGGUUGAGAAUGAGAUGAAGAAUUGCUGGAGAUAGGGCACUGAAGGCUGGGUGUAAGUGGUAGCAGAUAGCACCAUGAUCUCCAAACACUGGCACAGGAGCCAGCUGGCCCGUGUCCCAGGUGCUUUCUAGGAAGUCCUGUUAGUGAUAUAUGGCCGGGUAUCAGUAGUGAGUUGGUCUGUGCAGUGUCACAUUAAUGUAGGGGCAGUUACUCUGGUGUUGGUGCUACACUGGAGACAUCUGAUAGGACGUGGCCAUGGCUGAGGCUGUGUGGUGCUGAGUUUAGCCUCUGCUGGCAUAAGGCAUGCCCACCUGUGUGCUGUAGGUGUGUCAGUGGGUAUACAUAUAUAUAAUAGGGUGAUUAUGGCGCUGCUGCUCCGCUAUGGCACCCUGUAGGCUGGCGCGCAGCAUCACUAGCGGGACACAGCAUCCCUAGAGGGUGCUCCGGCUCUCCCGCCGCUUCCCGGGCACAGGCAUGGGCUGCGCUCCCAGCAUCCACGUCUCUCAGAGCGGGGUGAUUUACUGCAGGGACUCGGACGAAUCCAACUCUCCGCAUCAGACCACCACCCUCUCCCAGGGCACCGCCGCCACUCUGCACGGGCUCUUCAUCAAGACCGACGCGGCUGACUCUAUCCCCGCCGUGCUCGCCUACCAGAGCCGCUACCCGCCUGUCGCACGCUCCGGCUCCCGCAGGGAACGCAGAGACCCCGGCCAGUACAGCUGCACAGAGGCCGAGACCCAGACCAGCAACACCAGCGUCAAGCAGGUAUCAUCAACAGAACUGUGGCUGGGACCUAUGAGACUAACACAGGGUCCUGUUCAGGUGCUGUUAGUGUUUGCAAAAGAAGACAGCCAGAGCGAUGGGUUCUGGUGGGCCUGCGACCGAGCUGGGUACAAGUGCAAUAUUGCACGGACACAAGAAACAGCACUCGAGUGCUUUCUUGAUAAACACCAUGAAAUCAUCGUCAUAGACCAUAGGCACCCAAGAUACCUUGAUGCUGAUGCUGUUUGCAGAUCAAUACGAGCAACAAAACCAUCAGAGCACACUACAGUUCUCGCUGUUGUUCCUCGUGUAGGCCCUGAUCAGGAAGAAUUGUCAGUCCUUCCUCUACUUCAUGCUGGAUUCAAUAGGAGAUUUAUGGAGAAUAACAGUAUGAUUGCCUGUUACAAUGAGCUGAUCCAGAUAGAACAUGGGGAGGUUCGUUCUCAGUUCAAACUGCGAUCCUGUAAUUCAAUAUUUACAGCCUUGGAUCAUUCUCAAGAAGCAAUAGAGAUUACAAGUGAAGAACAUGUUGUACAGUAUGUUAAUCCAGCUUUUGAGCGGAUGAUGGGCUAUCACAAGGAAGAACUCCUGGGAAAGGAGCUCAUGGAAUUGCCGAAAAGUGACAAAAACCGUGCGGAUCUGUUAGAUACUAUCAACACAUGUAUCAAAAAGGGAAAGGAAUGGCAAGGAAUUUACUACGCACGACGGAAAUCAGGAGACAGCAUCCAGCAACAUGUGAAAGUCACUCCGGUCAUUGGGCAAGGAGGGAAAAUUAGACAUUUUGUGUCUAUCAAGAAGCUGUGCAGUGCCAGUGACAACAAUAAACAGAUAUACAAGAUAAAUCGAGAUGAUAAAUACUCAGGAGACAAUGCAUUAACAGAUUCUCAUUCUCACUCAUUCAGACAUAAGAACAGAAGAAAAGAGUCAGCUGAUGUAAGAUCUAUCACAUCGCGGAGCAGUGAUGCAAGUUUGCAGAAUCACAGAUAUUCAUCAAUGGCAAGGAUUCAUACCAUGACCAUAGAGGCUCCAAUAACAAAGGUCAUUAACAUAAUAAAUGCAGCUCAGGAGAACAGUCCUGUGACCGUGGCGGAGGCUUUGGACAGAGUUUUGGAAAUACUGAGGACCACAGAGCUCUAUUCUCCACAGCUGGGAACCAAAGAUGAGGAUCCUCACACCAAUGACCUUGUUGGGGGUCUGAUGACUGAUGGUUUACGAAGACUUUCGGGAAAUGAAUAUGUUUUCUCAAAAAACAUGCAUCACAGCCAUAGUCACAUUUCAGUGCCAAUUACCAUAAAUGACGUUCCACCUCGUAUUGCACAAUUACUGGACAAUGAGGAUUCCUGGGACUUUAACAUAUUUGAAUUAGAAGCUGUUACACAUAGAAGGCCACUAGUUUAUCUCGGACUGAAAAUAUUUGCUUGUUUUGGAGUCUGUGAGUUUUUGAACUGUUCAGAGGCCACGCUGCGUUCCUGGCUGCAGAUUAUCGAGGUCAACUACCAUGCAUCCAAUGCUUACCACAACUCCACGCACGCAGCCGACGUCCUGCACGCUACAGCCUAUUUUCUACAGAUGGAGAGUGUGAAGGGAAGCCUUGACCAGCUGGACAUUGUAGCCGCCCUAAUAGCUGCCACAGUUCAUGACGUAGAUCACCCAGGGCGCACCAACUCCUUCCUUUGCAACGCCGGCAGUGAAUUAGCCCUCCUGUACAAUGACACUGCCGUCUUAGAGAGUCACCACUCUGCACUGGCGUUUCAGCUCACAGCAAAGGACAACAAAUGCAAUAUUUUCAAGAACAUGGACCGGACCCAGUAUCGAACACUUCGUCAAGCCAUAAUUGACAUGGUAUUAGCCACAGAAAUGACCAGGCAUUUUGAGCAUGUGAACAAGUUUGUAAACAGCAUCAACAAACCCAUUGCAUCCGAGGAGAGCACCUCAAAUAGUGAGGGCAGUGACUGUGAGUGCUCUCCCAGCACCCGGAACUCCCCUGAGAACCGUACACUCAUCAAGCGUAUGAUGAUUAAAUGUGCUGAUGUGGCAAACCCAUGUCGUCCUUUGGAUUUGUGCAUCGAAUGGGCUGGAAGGAUCUCUGAGGAGUAUUUUGCUCAGACUGAUGAAGAGAAGAGACAAGGUUUGCCCGUAGUGAUGCCAGUAUUUGACCGGAACACCUGUAGCAUACCUAAAUCUCAGAUAUCAUUCAUAGACUAUUUUAUUACAGAUAUGUUUGAUGCAUGGGAUGCUUUCGCACAUUUGCCCAACCUCAUACAGCACUUGACUGAAAACUACAAGUAUUGGAAAUCAUUAGAUGAGGUAAAGUGUAAGAGUCUCAGGUGCUCAACUGACUGCAGCAAAUAACAGACUAUCCAUGACCUCUUGACCUACCUGCACUGUGAAAUAUUGACUGGUGACGUCAUUCAGAAUAAGGGAAAGCUAUAGUUGGAACUGUUGACAGAAAACUAAGCAAGGUCGGCUGUUGAUGCAAAAUGAAGGCAUGGAUAUAACUCAGACUAUAAAGGGAACUACCAACAAACCAAGGCAGCUUUGCUUUUACUUCUAGCUUCAAAUGAGUUUUUACACCGGACACCAUUAUUCACAUCCAAACUGCUAUUCCAAUCACUUUUUCACCAUUUAUCAGUACUUGGGACUGCAGAACUGCAUCUUCAGUUUUUAUUGUUUUGUUAUUCUUGACUAACUUUUAAAGUACUUUGAUUGGAUAAGACCUUUAGAAUAUAUCAUUAAGAAAUUUUCAAUUGUACGUAAUGUGUGUGUGUAUAUAUAUAUAUAUAUAGAGAGAGAGACAGCAUAAAGGGGCACUCACCAGAUUU